ACCGUUUCCACGCAGCAGAUGCAGCAGACGACGAGAAGACAGACUGUUUUCACCAUGAGGGUCUUGAUAUUCCUCUGUGUAUUUGGAUGGGCUGUGGCAGCAACAAACGGAAUGACUUUUGAUUGCAAUCGUUGUACCAUCUUUUUGGAGGGGUCCAACAAAACAAAACCGAAUACGACAGAUGCAGUGGCACCGAAAAGGUCCAACACAACAACCAACUCAUCGACUGUGCCAGGACAGAACAGCUCCAUCACUGUACAGCUGAAUGCUACAGAUGCAGUGGCACUGAAUGCGUCCGAUACCACAACCAACUCAUCCACUACCAAUGAAGGGGAUGCUCAGACUGAAAGAAGCAAACGAGAUACAGAAAAGCCCUAUAACAGCUGGCAUGGUCUAACUGGUCCUGGUUUUAAUCCGGAGGAAAAUGACAGCCAGUUGAAUGGGACAGACGUAGACCCACAGAACGGGUCCAACAACACCACCAGCUCAUCAACUUUUCAGGUCUCCAGUACAGCCAAACCUAGAACCAGAGCCAAACCAACGCAGAAACCAAGUAGCUCCUGGCAUCCUCUAAAGCAGGGGUGUCAAACAUACGGCCCGCGGGCCGCAUCCGGUCCGCCGAACAAUUUAGUCCGGCCCUGUGUCUAA